AUGACGAGCUUAGUGUUGUUUAAAUCGGAUCGAUCCGAAAAUGAUGAGCCGAUUCAACCGACGAAACAUUGGGGAACAGGCAAAGCACGCGUUCGAGGAAGUCAAUCAGCUGCUCCUCGACUAUCGGGAAAUUUCUUGUACACAGGAGAACCCAUCACACAAACCUAUCGAAAUACAGAUUUAGUAUUAAGUAACUUACGGAACAAUGAUGAAUUAGUACCUGCUCCGCUCCAUACAACUGACAUAACGUCACAUCAAAUCUCUUUAGAGUUUCCAUCGAAUCAUCCGUAUACGUCUCAUAUUAGUGAAAAAGCUCUUUUCCCAACAUCAACAGAUGGCUUAAAUGAUCGUCCGUCAACAUCCGUCGAGCCGUACAUAGUCACACACAAAAUUCGCGAAUUGCUAUUUUUUUCUGACGACGACCAUACAAUCAGCCGUUUCUGCAAUCCAUUUCGUCGUGAAGUACACUUUCAUGGAUUUCAAGCAGCAAACCAUUGUCGAACUUCGAAAUGGCCCGAUAAGUCUUAUAUGCACUUACCUCGAUCACUAAGUGACGUCAAUUCUUCGUCGAUAUAUCCUUGGCCACGUAAAAUGUUUGCUCCGAAUAAUGACAAUUCAGCAGCGAAUUCUGUUAAAAAAGCAGGUUCACGCGUUGUACAAAAUACAAAAACAACAACACCUUCAUCAAACAAACAAAAAUCCUAUUUGAAUAGGACGUCUCAUUCUGUCGCACCCGGGGACAAUAUGCAUGGUAAUCAACAACAAACACGUGUAUCUAGCAGGCAAAAAGCAACAACAUAUCAUUCACCUAUGCCAGCAACUAGAUUAAUGAGUGAAAAUGAUAGACUUGAUCAUCAGCUACGUCAAGGUACCGAUUAUGUGAAUCUUCCAGGACACCUUUUCCCGAAUGAAAAAGCGCCAACAUGGAACCCUCAACAACAACAACAACAAUCAACGAAUGAGAACCAAAAUGGACCUCAAGAAAUUCGUUUUCUUCAAACUGCUCGAGUAUCCACUGCUAAUGGCCAAUUAUACAAUGAUCAUUACGCCAGUCACCAACAAAUGGAAGCAGAAAAUCGUCUUCAACAACUUGAAGUUAUCCGUCCCAAAGAGAAUCUGAAUCUACUCAACGUUAAAUAUCGCCAUUUACAAAACCCACGUCAUCCUCGACCAAUUCUACCUCAAUACCGUGAUGAUUAUGUCAAUACAUUUUACGAUCAAGUCGGUAACUAUGUUCAAGAGCGAUCAGGUCUUUAUCAUACAGAUAGCUACGAUCCAACCGUUCUCGCUCAAGCCAUACCUGAACUUGAAAAUGAACAAAAUGUGGUUUCAUCAUCCGUAGACGAAACUGAUCUCGGUAAUUUACUCAAUCAGGGCGAGCAGAAUCAAAAUCGCACCAAACCCAAAUUAUUUCAAUAUCGAGCACUUGGUGAUUACCAAAAUAUGCGAAAUCGUCUUCUCAACAAACUACAUGUUCCACAAGAUGCUGGUACUGUGGAUAGUCGUACACAAGAAGGUGAUAAACCAUUCAUUCAACGUGAAUCAGUCUACGGCCAAGCAUAUAAUACUCGAAAAUUUCUCCAAGAAAAUGCGUUACCACAUCAUGCACGUGUUGAUCCAACAAAUUUGAUGAGUACGAAAUACAAUACUAAUCUUGAGCGUACACGAAGUUUAAACAGUUAUGCAUUAAAAACCGCUCCGACUAAAGCGAAAUCGAAUGAUCAUCUUGUGAGCCCUGAUCUUUAUCCGCCACAUACCAAUGCUUUGUAUACAACAAAUCAUAUCACUGAACACACAGAUGGUUAUGUACGUCGUCCAACAGCACGUGUUUACGACUCACCAUUUCAAAGUGAACAAAAUCCAUCGGUUCAUCAAAUCUAUCAAAAUCAAGUAGCGCAACCACAGCAAGCACGUUCAUUUGAUCCAGCUCUUCAAAUGCCUUCUCAACUUGCAAAUUCUGUUAAAGUUGAUAUACGUCUACCAGGUUCAGAGAUGGUCGCUCGAUUUGUUGAACCGAAAUAUGAAACACAGACGACAUAUCAACGUUCAUUUAAAGAUAUCUCCUACCAGGAAGGACAACCGCAAGGUUAUGCUCAACAUACAGAGCAACUGCGUCCACAAACAUCGGAUGUUAGUUCGAGUCAACGAAAAUUAACCGACAUUCAAGAUCGAUGGUCAAAAACUCAAGCUCAACAACAAUAUCAGCAAGAAAAUCCGAAUGUUCCACCUUAUUCUAGUGACACAAUUAUGCGAGCAAAGAAAGAAGUACUUUUAGCUGAUUCAAUUGCUAAAUAUCAAGCGAUGGUAGUUCGAUAA